AUGGAACCACCACCACCCCCUCCUCCCUCAGCUACGGGAGCAGUCUCCCUCCCCAGGCUACCCAUCCUCACCUCUGACGAGCUCUCCAAGAAAGCAUUUGGCCCCCUGCAAAAGAGGAUCAACUCUGGGGCUGACGUGUCGUUUUUCCUGACGUCGAGGGCGUAUAAAGAGUUGAUGGUGUGGAUUAUGCAGUUGAAUCACUCGCUUAUUCCGAGACUGUCGCCCGAUACUGCGAGACCGGUGUGUUUUCCACUGGAACCGGGGAGAAGAGGGUGGAGCGAGCCGGUGAGAAGGUUAAGGGAAAUGUUGAGGGGGUGCGAGGAGUUGAUUUUGGAGGCGCCGCCCGAGGAGAACAAGAACAGAAGGUUUGGGAAUGGGGCUUGUAGGGUCUGGCAUGGGAAAUUGGGGGAGAGGAUUCAGGGGUGGAUUGAUGGGUUGGGUUUGGUGGUAGAUGGGGGGGUGAAGGAGGAGUUGAGGGGGUAUUUCAUGGGUGCUUGGGGGGAUAAAGGACGACUUGACUAUGGAACGGGCCAUGAGCUGAGCUUUUUGGCGUUUCUGGGCGGGUUGUGGAAGGUGGGGUUUUUCGGGGGGGGAGAGGAAAAAGAAGGGGAGAGGGAGAGGGAGGUUGUGAUUGGGGUUGUCGAGAUGUAUUUGGAGGUGGUGAGGAAGUUGAUAACGACUUACACGCUUGAACCGGCGGGAUCGCAUGGGGUGUGGGGGUUGGAUGACCACAGUUUUGUGCCUUAUAUUUUUGGGUCGGCGCAGUUUACGAAACCGAUUUUGGGGAGUAGGACGGAGGCUACGCCGGUGGAGGGGUCAUGUCCGGGGGCGCCGAAGCCGGCGAGUGCGGUUGAUAAACAGACGGUGGAGGAUUACAGGGGGAGUAAUAUGUACUUUGGGGCGAUUGGGUUCAUCUACGAUGUGAAGAGGGGGCCUUUUUGGGAGCAUAGCCCGAUGCUGUUUGAUAUUAGUGGGAUUAAGGAUGGGUGGGGGAAGAUUAAUAAGGGGAUGGUGAAGAUGUAUCGGGCCGAGGUGCUGGGGAAGUUUCCGGUGGUGCAGCAUUUUGGGUUUGGGGGGUUGUGGGCGUGGGAGGUGGACCCGGAGAUGGCCGGGGAGAGGAGUGUGCAUUUGCAGAGUCAGCCGGUGCAAAAUCAAGCACAGAGUUUGGGGCAGGGCGGAGGGGAGGGGGGGACGAAGGCUCCGUGGGCGAGGGGGGCUAUGGGGGGCAUGUCUGGCGGGCAGGUGAGUAUGCCUAGGCCGAUGGAUGGGGGGGUGAUGGCGCCGACGGGGUUUCCGGGGCGGCAACCUGGGAUGGGGACGCCGAGGGGCGGGAUACCGAAUACAGGACCGAUGGAGCAGACAAAUUUUCCCCGGGGAGGGGGGAUGCAUGAUAGGGUUGGGGGGAAUCAGUUUAGUGUCACCAAGGCUCCUUGGGCAAAGGACUGA